GGAGUGGGGUGGCAGAGGGGUGUGAGAGAGGAACCAGGAAAGGGGAAAGGGAUGCUGCGUGUGUUGGCAUGGACCAGUGCGUCAACGGCUGUUGCCUCACACGAACCGCCGAAAUUAUAGUUAGUGACCCCCAACGGAUACUUGAGAAAUACACUCCCGACUACCCGUUGCCGCUAUAUCGAACUGCCACUUUCGCACGGGGAACAAGGAUGAUUCGAGGGUGCCGCUAACGAACCGCCAGAGGGGUCCCUUCGGGAUCGCCCAAGGGGGGAAAACGCUCUAGGAAAGUCGUCCUUCGUCCUCGGCCGAGCGAUCUUGAUGAGGCGCAAGUUUCGAGAGAGAUGAGAUCGUUCCCGGUUAUCGAUAAGCUCCUUUGAGUGAAAGUGUUUUGGCGAGUUUCUUCUCGUCUCGAAUAGGACUUUGUACGUCCAAGUGUGUGAUUAUGCGAGAGUUUUUGAGUGUCGGCCGACAACGAAUGUGAUAUCGUGUAACGCUUGAUCAGUAAUCGUCGAUUGUCCUGUUAAAUAUCGAGUAAUCGAGUGCUUGAAAUGCGAAUGCAGUUGGAAGAUAGAACAUAUUGAAAAGAUUUGAAACCAUCUCGACUCAUCUUGUAAAAAAAUUCAAUUUCUAUAAAGCUACUAUUUUACAUCGAACAAAAAAGUGAUCUCCAUCUCAAUUCGUCACAAAAGUGCAAAGAUUGAAAGAAUAAACAAGUCCACCGUCAGAUUUCAUACGACAAUGCAUAAGUCUAUGAGGGAAUUUGAAGAGAAUUGUCACGUCGUGUUUAACAUUUAUCUCGGCGCCAACAUUGGAGAGAAAAUGUAUUAAAAUUGACGACGUCUCAGAGCCAUCGAAUUUUGCGAAGGAUUCUAAAUUUCCGCCAAGGAUAUCAGGCCGUUAAGCUCGAUCCGACAGAUUAUGCGCCCUUGAAAGAUGCUCGCGAGAUUCUUUCGGCUCAGCGGUUGAACCUAAUGGAAGGAUGUUUCAUCCGGUGUUCUGACUGCCUAUGGAUAUAUUCGGCCGUUGCAACGGCGGCAGCAGCGGAAGCACGGUAGCCGGAAGCGGUGCUGGCUCGGUGAGGACGUCGAGCAACGAGUCCGCCGGCGGUGGUAGUGGCGGCACGUCGAGCGGUACCAGCGAGAGCGGCAGCAGCGCGAGUGGCAGGAUGCAGUUGACAGGAGCCUCGGCUCCUGGCGCGGCCGCCUCGCCGGAGUCGGGCGUCUCUCCGCUGACCGACGCCUACACCAAGAUGACUAGCGACAUCCUCGCCGAGAGGACCCUAGGUGACUUUGUCAGCGAACAUCCCGGCGAGCUAGUUAGAACAGGCUCGCCGCAUUUGGUUUGCACCGUCCUGCCGGCGCACUGGAGGUCCAACAAGACUCUUCCGGUGGCUUUCAAGGUCGUGGCUCUCGGCGACGUGGGCGACGGUACCCUCGUGACAGUUCGUGCUGGUAACGAUGAGAACUGCUGCGCCGAGCUCAGAAACUCGACGGCUCUAAUGAAGAAUCAAGUCGCCAAGUUUAACGACCUGAGGUUCGUCGGCCGAAGCGGAAGAGGCAAGAGUUUCACCUUGACGAUAACGGUGUCGACGACGCCGCCGCAAGUCGCUACCUACACCAAGGCGAUCAAGGUGACAGUUGACGGGCCGCGCGAGCCGCGAUCCAAGACCAUGCUGUCUCUUUUAGGGCAGCAGCAACAAUUUCACGCCUUCGCGUUCGCCUCGCAACGAGGCGGCCCGUUCUUUGCCUCGCCUCUGGUGGAUCCGUUGCAACCUCUGCCGAAUCCGUUGCAACCAUUACCGAAUCCGCUCCAGCCGAGGGAUCCGUUGUCUUCCUUUAGACACGCGAUGCCGGGUAAUUGUCAGAGCGUGCAACGGAAGGUUUCUCUAGACAUGUCGCAGUUUGGCCUGACGGCGAGCAAUUCCUGGGGGUACGGCAGUACGGCCGGCUACGCCGGCUACCUUCCGGGCCCCCUGUCGUCGUGCGCCGCACAGGCAUCGUUUCCGCCCCCGCCGCCGCCCCCUCCGCCACCACCGCCGUCAUCGACGUUGGCGUCCUUCGCCGGCACAGCCUCCAUGAAUACGCCGACGGCACCGGACUCGACGGCGGGCUCGACCGUCACAUCCGGCACCAGCAAUACCGGCUCCACGCCGCAGCAGGACGCCUUCUCCGCGGUCUCGUCUCUCGUACCGGACACCACGACACCGGGCCAGUCUGACCCGCUGGAUCCGCUGAGCAGCCUCAUGACCGGCGGCUCCACCAGCCAGAGGUAUCAGGAUUACGUGUCGCCCAGAUCUCUGUCCACCGACUCGAGCACGACCGAGAGCCCGGUGCACGAGGAGCAGGGCUUCGGGCAGAAUUACGGCAACUACUUCCCGACGCCCGGUGUGCUGCCCAGCAUACUCUACUCUCAGCUUUACGGGAAUCAGUUCCAGAAUUCCGAGAGCGCCGAACAGAGGGCCGUCGCGGAUAGUUGCAGCGUGAGGCAAGAGGAAGUUAGACCGGACAACAACGUCUGGAGACCGUACUGAGAGGCGGAGGAAAAUCAUUUCUUAUCCGGUGACUUGGCCGUCGAGAGACCGCAGAACUCUUGGAAGACGAGAGGGAAAUAACGCUUAAAAAUAUCGCUCCUCGAUCUCUCGGCUGCCACGACGAAGUAAUUGUAGUGCGACAUGGUGAUUCUCUGAAAACUAUCCAAGGACGAUUCUCGACGGCGAAUUAGUGGGCAUUAAAACUCGGAGCGAGUCCGAGUUCCUUACGCUCUUCCGGAAAGUUUCGGGAAAUUAAAAUUCUCUUACCGGUUGUGUUUCUCGCGCCAACGAAUCUUAGGAGAGUGAAUGAAGCGGGGGAGGAUUUGUAAUUAAGUGAGAACGGAUUGCGUACGAGAGAGCGAGCGCGGGUGUGAAAGUGACGACGACGACGACUAUUAUAAUGAUAUCCGCAGAAUGUAUAUACGUGUACAUAGCUAGGCCAUUGUCGUUUCAUCGAAUCAUUAUCGUUUUACGACGACGCGAUACGAUUAAUUUAUAUUUCAUCGAUUACGUUUUCAUAGUAUAAUUGCGACCGCUGCGGGAUCGUGCAAUAUCGUCAAAGCUGCGCGACGAUCACAGCUUCCUUUCUCUCUGUAAAUACAUAUAUCUUCCACGUUGCGCGUUCAGUUUCCCUUUUCGAUCCGCGAACAUUUCCUUCUCUCUAAAAAAAAAUAUAUAUAUAUAUAAAUUUAAAAAAUACCUCUCGGUCUGUGAAGGAAUCCGGCUUUGCGCUUUCGGUGAGAUAUUCGCAGCGACCCUGAAUUAUCUCGAAAGAUCGGCAGCGAGAGGCUGUCGCGUGCGGUCACGUUCGGGUCAAACCGACGAUAAAAUCGAAUGGGAUUCGAUUCGCGUGAGGUGAAAGAGUCUCGCCCGCCGCGGGGGGAGGAGCGUGACAGAGAAAAGGCUCUCGCAAGUAUUCAACGAACGAAUGAGCGAACGUGCCGGCAUCGAAGAUCUUACAUCGAAAUUUCCGCUAAAGAAACGAAAGCUCGGGAAACGAAGGUGAUUUCGCGAGGGGCACUGGAAGUAUCGUCGCCGGCGAGAGAAGUUUAUCCGUUUUCUUUUCUUUUUUCUUUUUUUUUUUUUUUCGAUCUUUUUGUAAACCGGCGACGAUCACUCUGUGCGCGUUUCCGAAAAUGAUUUCCGAUAUACAUAUCUACCGAUCUAUUGUUAUCGUAGUUUUUGACCGAGUCGAAGUAAAAAGUGUAUUUCAAAAUAUGACAC